CACUGAGAGCCGUCUCUGUUAAGAUGACUGGGAAUUCCCGUUCGAGUCGUCAUCUUCUCGCCCAUGAAAGGAAGAGUCUGAGAUAGCGCCUCUCUCCGAUUGUCUUUCCUUUUUUUUUUCUUUUCGCGCUGGGAUUUAUAUCUGGAGAGGAGGAGCGGAGGCUUCGCUCACCGCAGGAGAACUGUGGAAUUCUGGUUGGCGGGGUGUCUGAGCGAGGUUGGAAGCGAUCAUGGCGGAAGGCCGACGUUAUGGGAUCAGUAGCCGAUUAGAUAUUGAGCAGAUACUGUUGGAAGCACAACAUCGCUGGCUGCGCCCUGCUGAAGUCUGUGAAAUUCUUCGAAACUAUCGCAAAUUUCAAAUCGCUCCUGAUCCUCCUAACAAGCCACCUAGUGGGUCUCUUUUCCUUUUUGACCGAAAGGUGUUAAGAUACUUUAGAAAGGAUGGUCAUAAUUGGCGGAAGAAAAAAGAUGGGAAAACUGUCAGGGAAGCACAUGAGAGGCUGAAGGCAGGCAGUGUUGAUGUCCUGCAUUGCUACUAUGCUCAUGGCGAAGAAAAUGAGAACUUUCAGAGAAGAAGUUAUUGGAUGCUUGAAGAGGAGUUCGAGCACAUUGUGUUAGUUCACUACCGUGAAGUGAAGAGCAACAAAACAAGCUUGAGCCGUGUGAAUGGUGUGGAAAGGAACUCUCUAAGUGUUGAGAUGGCUAGUCCUGCUUGUUCAUCAACACUGCUUCCAGACCAGAGUUCACUGCAAUGUCAGUCAACAAGUACAUCAUGCCAGAGCACCGGUCAGGCAUUGGAGUAUGAAGAUGCUGAAUCCAGUGAUCCUCAAGUAACUUCGAGAUACAAUUCUCAUUUUGAAUUACAAAACUCGGAAGAUAAAAGCUUUCUGGCUCAGGAGAUGCCUAGCACUUUGCAUGAUUAUUUAAAUGUGCAAACUUCACAUGGUAGAGGUAAUGAUGGGAAGCAGCUUAAUAUUAUACAAAGCUCCUUCUCUCUUGCUGAGCAAAGUUUGUCUAGCAACAACCAAAAUCCUGGUUCUGGAAUAGGUUUUGAUGAUUCCAAGAAGCAUAUUGAUUUGACUUCUUGGGAAAACGUUUUGAAACAGUGUACGGUGGAUUUCCAGAAUGUACCUCAUCAAGCUCGACCCCUUUCUGGCCAUUCUUUUGGUGUUGGUGAAACACCAAACAGAUAUGUUCAGCCCAACUUUGAACAACUCUUCACAGAUGAGCUGAGAAAGCAAGUUGAUGGAAACAAACUGGACGAUGGAUCUGCAUGGCAGUUGACUUCUGGAGAAGAUCAAUUAGCUUCAUCGACAUGGUCUGUCAGCCCACAACUGCAUGAAGAUAUUCAUGAAUUGAAUUUGUCCAAUAACAAGAAACCAUCUACUAAAGAACCAAAUGAACAGCAUCAGCUUAAAAUGCAGAUGACAGAAAAUUACAUGCUCUCAGAAGUUGGUUUUCAGGAACACAAAGAUUUGGUGGAUGCUGCAAAUAUGGAGGCAAAUUCAAUUUCAAGUACAAAGGUGGUAGACUAUCCUGCAGAGGGAGAUGGACUAAAAAAGUUAGAUAGCUUCUGUAGAUGGAUGAGCAAAGAAUUUGGAGAUGUAGAUGAAUCACUUGUACCAUCCGAUUCAGGCAUAUACUGGAAUGUGGAAGAGGAAAGCCGGGAUGUGAGUGCAGACUCAGAAUUGCUGAGCCCAUCACUUUCACAGGAGCAGCUUUUUAGCAUUCUGGAUUUCUCCCCAAAUUGGGUAUACUCAGGCAUGGAAGCAAAGGUUUUGAUUUCUGGGACAUUCUUGCAUGACCAAGAUUCAUAUAAGUGGUCCUGUAUGUUUGGUGAAAUUGAGGUUCCUGCAGAAGUCAUAGCCCCAGGUGUUCUUCGCUGUCAUGCUCCAAUACAUAAAGUUGGAAGAGUGCCAUUUUACAUCACAUGCUCAAACAGGUUGUCCUGCAGUGAAGUGCGUGAAUUUGAAUUUCGGGCAAACAAUAUUUCUGUGGACAUUGCUCCAGGAUUAUUGGAUGGUGAAAAUGUGAUGCUCCUCCGGAUGAGGCUUGCAAGAUUCUUGUCAUCAGGUUUAGACACACAGUUGAAUAAUCCUGGUAUUCAUAGUGGGAAAUUGAACAUCUGUACCAAAAUCAACUCCUUGCUAAAGGAUAAUGGGGAUGAAUGGCUUCAAUUAAAGAACUUGGCUGGUGAUGUGGGUUCCCCUGGACGUGUGAAGGAUCAGUUGGUUCAACAAUUAAUGAAAGAGAAAUUACAUAAUUGGCUUCUGGUAAAAGCACUUGAAGAUGGUAAAGGUCCAAAUGUACUGGACAAGGAAGGGCAAGGUGUCCUACAUUUAGCAUCUGCCCUUGGUUAUGACUGGGCAAUAGCGCCAAUGAUUGCCGCAGGUGUCAACGUCAAUUUCCGUGAUAUUCGUGGUUGGACUGCGCUUCACUGGGCAGCAUUUUGUGGCAGAGAACGCACUGUUGUUGCAUUGGUCACAAUGGGUGGUGCUCCUGGAGCAUUGACUGAUCCAACACCUCAAUUCCCUUCUGGUAGAACUCCUGCAGAUUUAGCUUCCGGAAAUGGGCACAAAGGAAUUGCUGGUUAUCUUGCAGAAUCUGCAUUGACAUCACAUCUUUCCACCCUCACUUUAAAGGAAACCCUUCAAGAUGGACAUGGAUCUGCAGGUUCUGGCAAAAGGGAUACAAUUACCUUUUUUGAUAGUGGUAUGACCCAUCUUAAUGAAGGUGGUCUGGAAGAUGAGUCUUCUCUGAAAGAUUCAUUAACUGCUGUUCGCAAUGCUGCCCAAGCUGCAGCACGGAUUCAUCAAGUAUUCAGAGUGCAAUCCUUCCACCGUAAAAAACUAAUCGAGUAUGGUGAUGAUAAAUGUGGAAUCUCAGAUGAGCAGGCUCUUUCGCUCAUUUCUUUUAAGGGUCAGAGAACAGGACAAGAUGAGCCUGUACAUUUUGCUGCCAUAAGGAUACAGAAAAAAUUCCGUGGUUGGAAGGGGAGAAAGGAGUUUUUGAUAAUUCGUCAGCGCAUUGUUAAAAUCCAGGCCCAUGUUAGGGGUCACCAGGUAAGGAAACAUUUGAGGAAGAUUGUGUGGUCAGUGGGUAUUGUUGAAAAAGCAAUUCUACGGUGGAGGCGGAAGGGAAUUGGUUUGCGUGGCUUCCGUUCAGAAGGUUGCAUAGAUGGUCCUCCAAUGCAGAGCCACCUAUCUAAAAAGGAUGAUGAUGGUGACUUCUUGAGAGAAGCCAGAAGGCAAACAGAAGCAAGGAUGGAGAAGGCCCUUGCACGUGUGAAGUCCAUGGUUCAGUACCCUGAAGCCAGGGAUCAAUAUCGAAGAUUGCUCACUGCUGUGACUGAGUUUGAAGAGAGCAAGGUUGAAAUUGAAAGAUUGAUAAAUGGUGCGGAGUCCAUUGAAAUUGAUGACCUGGUCAUUGUUGAAACACCGGAGGACGAUGACAUUUCCAUGCUUUGAACAGGCUAAUGCCUGGGUCCUGCAUUAUACUGUAAAUUAUUAGUCUUGUAAUAUUGCACAGUUUGUAGUGUUCAUCAGGAACCUCAUUGCUUCCUUUUUGGCAAAUAAUCGUGUCAUGAUAUGGGCGAAUGUAUAGGUGCGUCUUUUGUUUUUGACAAGUGUGAGUUGUAUGCCUAUGGUAAACAAUUACUAGGAUGUCUACGGGAGGAACCCUAAGCGUAUUUAGCAGUAUCCUGGGCCUCUCUAUGCAUACGCCCUAUAGAUGUAAAAAUACGUAAGGCAAUCUUAAAAUUUGCUUUGUUCAGAAA